AUGGUCCGCCUUCAACAACGCUCCAUCGCUGAAUCAUCUCAACGUCAAUACAAAGGAACCUGGGAGCAGUGGAAAAGUUCUGUGAACACCUCGGAGUGUCAAAGUGGCUCCCGCAGCAAGAUCCGGAAACACAAUCACUACUACUGGUUGCCUUCACCAUUCAUUGCUGGUCCGGAGGAAAUCAACACGGCAGAGCCUCGGCCAGUACCAUUCAAUCUAAAGUGUGCCACAUUCGCUGGUAUCAUCGGGCAUUUGCCGGAUUCGAACCUCAACUACGACCGAACCACGCCCUCGCAAUUGCUGGAAUGCGACGAACAGGCCCAGCAACGAGGCGACGAGGUACCGUCACGCGGCAAAUACUCGAAUGGAUCAUGCGCCACCUUAACUUCCAACAACCCAGCACCGCGUUUUCGCAGGGGGCUGCGAUACUGGGCUUUUUUUCUACUCCGAAGCGCGGAAUACCUAGCUGUCAAGGGCCGAAGACGCAUAUACACCCUGCAAGUUCGCGAUGUGAUCCUCCAAGAUGAGCUUGGGCUCCAAACAUCAAGUCUGCACACAGCAGUAUCCGUGGAAAUCACAUUGCGAGGGCAGAAGAAUGACCAACAAGAUCAUGGAACUAAACGAGUGCUAUCUCGUUCAGGUCAUCGAGCUCUGUGUCCAGUUCUUGCAGGACGAUUGCUAAUGGAGAACGCAAGGAACUUGCAAUUACGGCCUGAGGACCCAAUCAGCUCAAUCAAGGCGUCGACAAUGCUGCCCGCCAAAACAAUGUCCAAAGUACUGCAUGCUGCAGCAAAAGCAACGGGGGAAGAUGCCAUGCUCUGCUCCUUUAAUUCGCUACGACGCGGAGGUGCAACCGCCCUGCUGUCAGCGGGCGUCGACAGCACCGCCGUCAUGCACGGAAGGUGGAAGUCUGACUCAUACCAGCGAUAUACGUCGUACACAAUCGAGUUGGGACGACAGCUUGCAGCCCAAAUGGCGUUCGGGGGCUCCAGUACGGUGCAGCAAGCUGUACCGCGGCAGUGA